UUGUUGAGUGUGUCCUCAGGCAAGGGUAGAUAUUGCGAAACUUUUUAACUAGGCUUUCAGUCCACUCAGGCCAUCGAGACGCUCGUAGCAGAAGUCUUCGUUACAAUUAUCGCCUGGACUGUAAGGCUGUAUAAAAAAGCUAAACUUGUCAAAGGGGAUUUAAAACUGUUAAUUAGCUUGGUUUUCGACACUCCAUCAAUCACACGUCCCGCAGGACUCGUUUGAAGAAAGCAGCCCCAUCACAUCAUUGGCUUAACACUUAAUCUCCUAAUACAGACCCGAGGGACUCAAUAGACAAGCAGUAUUAUAACACAUCAUACACGUGCAAAUUAGUGAUAUGUACACACUGGAACGGUAGUCUGCAUAUUUAACAAAGACCCCUGACAGUGCUAGUGAUCAGUCACUCCAAAAGCCAGUAAUCUCUCGACUAAAGUCAUCCAAGACUGGACGGCGGGACUUCUUACUAACAGAGCGCGCGUAUUACACGGAAGGAGAGAGAGGAACUGUAGAUGAUCCGAAACGAAGACACCAAGUUUAAAAAACUGUUUGUCGGAGGUAUUCCGUACGGUACAAACGAUGAAUCGCUACGGGAAUUUUUCUUGAAAUACGGGGCAAUCAAGGAGGCUGUUGUGAUUCGAGACAGAACCACUCAAGAGUCGAAAGGUUAUGGAUUUGUUACGUUCCACGACAAGGAUUGCGCGGAAAAGGCGUGUGAAAACAUGAAUCCCAUCAUUGAUGGUAGACGAGCGAAUGUCAACUUCGCCUAUCUCGGCGCGAAACCGAAACCUUUCAAAGGAAAUGGAAAGAAUGCUAUUGCCAGUCAGGGAUUUGUCUAUAAACAGAACACGAUAAUAGGGUCGCAGCCAUUCGCUUCCAGUUUUACCAACGGAUUCUCGGCUGGUUUCCCCGCUCAACAGCUUCAAUCAGUACCACUGAUCUCGCCGGUUCCUCAGUCGCCAAACGGACAGAUUCCAUCUAUGCAACCUUCGGUGCAACCAUUACAGCUUGUUGAAUACAAUGGCGUUCCAACACUUGUCUUUGGCACUGUUUACGAUACGGUUUAUUAUUCACCCCCUCCGUCUUACGUCCCUUCCCCAACUCUCCCCGCCAAUUCGAUGGCGCCGUCGUUCACAUAUCAAACGGUUGCACCACCGACGCCACCGCUCAGUACUCCUUCGUUACACGGACAGCAUUUCUUUCCAACACACGUCGAACUAAUUGGACAGCCGCAGAUCUAAACUUGGUUUCAACUUGAACGCAUUUACAGAGACCAGAGAACUCAUAUACAAAAUAGAGCUACUAUACGUUAGUUGGUAGGCCGUUUAAAAGAACAAAACAAAAAAAAAACAGAAGAUGAGCAUCCUGAUUAUUCGAAAUACUCAGUCGCUAGCGACUCGUAUAAAUUUCCAAUCAAUAUUCUCACUUAAAAAAAAGGACGGCAAGCUGUAGAGUUGCGGAUAUUGUAGACCAAGAUAUCAGAAAAAAGAUAUUUUAAAUCAAUUUUUCUAAUUUAUUACCAAUUCUUAUUAGCAAAAUAAGAACCUAAUAUUUUGCGACCAAAUCGUAACUGUUUUAUUGCUGUAGAUCACAAUCAAAACAUGUAUACAGUCAACAAGAGAAAAGCUAGCAAUUAAUUGUACAAAGAAACACAGCCCCAAGCAAAUUGUUGUAAAUUUAGGCUUCGUAGAUAGGAAGCUGUCAUUUAGGGCAAUUGCCAUUUACAAUUCCUCAACCCUAGCAUGGGUUAGUGGUGCAAACAAUGUAGAAGCAUAACUGGUAUAGAAAUACAAAAGCAUAUAGCACUGUUAAGAUAGGCCAAUUAGUUUAAAAACUGCAAUCACACAUAAAAAUAGAGAGGCAAAUAUAGUUAUGAACCAAUUUUCAAA